AUGAGCGCCAACAACCUGCCGCCGGCGAGCACGGUGGUGAGCAUGUACAAGUCGAACGGCAUCUCGGCGAUGCGCCUGUACGCGCCCGACCAGGGCGCUCUGCAGGCCGUGGGCGGCACGGGCAUCAGCGUCACGGUGGGCGCGCCCAACGACGUGCUGUCCAGCAUCGCGGGCAGCCCGGCCGCGGCGGCCUCCUGGGUCCGCAACAACAUCCAGGCGUACCCGUCCGUGUCCUUCCGCUACGUGUGCGUGGGCAACGAGGUGGCGGGCGGCGCGGCGCAGAACCUGGCGCCCGCCAUGGAGAACGUGCACGCGGCGCUGGCGGCGGCGGGGCUGGGCCACAUCAAGGUGACGACGUCGGUCUCCCAGGCCAUCCUGGGCGUGUACAGCCCGCCGUCGGCGGCGCAGUUCACGGGGGAGGCGCAGGGGUACAUGGGCCCCGUGCUGGAGUUCCUGGCCCGGACCGGGUCGCCGCUGAUGGCCAACAUCUACCCGUACCUGGCCUGGGCCUACAACCCGAGCGCCAUGGACAUGAGCUACGCGCUCUUCACGUCCUCUGGCACCGUGGUCCAGGACGGCGCGUACGGGUACCAGAACCUCUUCGACACCACCGUCGACGCCUUCUACGUCGCCAUGGGCAGGAACGGCGGCUCCGGCGUGCCGCUCGUGGUGUCGGAGAGCGGGUGGCCGUCCGGCGGCGGCGUGGAGGCGACGCCGGCGAACGCGAGGGUGUACAACCAGUACCUGAUCAACCACGUCGGGCGCGGGACGCCGCGGCACCCGGGCGCCAUCGAGACGUACCUCUUCUCCAUGUUCAACGAGAACCAGAAGGAGAGCGGCGUGGAGCAGAACUGGGGGCUCUUCUACCCCAACAUGCAGCGCGUCUACCCAAUCAGCUUCUAA